GCGCGGGGUCACGUGAGCGCUGCUGCUGCUGCUGCUGCCGCCCCGACUUUGCUUCCUGAUCCUUUCCGGGCUGCAAGCAGAUGGAGGACGAGGAUGGGGAAGAACGGGCGCUGCUUGGGGGCCGCCCCGAGGCGGACAGCGCAGUCCAGGGCGCCCCUCGCGCUCUGCCUGCGCUCUGCGACCCCAGCCACCUGGCGCACCGGCUCGUGGUGCUGUCGCUGAUGUGCUUCCUUGGUUUCGGCAGCUAUUUCUGCUAUGACAACCCUGCUGCCCUCCAGACGCAGGUUAAACGGGACAUGCAAGUGAACACCACGAAAUUCAUGCUGCUCUAUGCCUGGUAUUCUUGGCCCAAUGUAGUUUUGUGUUUCUUGGGUGGCUUUUUGAUAGACCGAGUAUUUGGAAUACGAUGGGGCACAGUUAUUUUUAGCUGCUUUGUUUGCAUUGGACAGGUUAUUUUUGCUCUGGGUGGUAUAUUUAAUGCUUUUUGGCUGAUGGAGCUUGGGAGGUUUGUGUUUGGGAUUGGUGGAGAGUCCUUAGCAGUUGCCCAGAAUACAUAUGCUGUGAGUUGGUUUAAAGGCAAAGAAUUAAACCUGGUGUUUGGACUUCAACUCAGCAUGGCCAGAAUUGGAAGCACAGUGAACAUGAACCUCAUGGGCUGGCUGUAUGGGAAGAUUGAAGCAUCACUGGGCUCAGCUGGCCACAUGACCCUGGGUGUGACACUUAUGAUUGGGGGUAUAACAUGCAUUUUUUCACUAAUCUGUGCUUUGGUCCUUGCUUAUUUGGAUCGGAGAGCAGAGAAAAUACUUCAUAAAGAACAAGGAAAAACAGGUGAAGUCAUUAAGUUGUCGGAUAUAAAGGACUUCUCCUUACCCCUGAUCCUGGUCUUCGUCAUCUGUGUCUGCUACUACGUGGCCGUGUUCCCGUUCAUUGGGCUGGGCAAAGUUUUCUUCAUGGAGAAAUUCAGAUUUUCUUCCCAGUCAGCAAGUGCCAUUAACAGUAUUGUGUAUAUCAUAUCAGCUCCCAUGUCCCCAGUAUUUGGACUCUUGGUGGAUAAAACUGGCAAGAACAUCAUCUGGGUCCUGUUUGCAGUAGCCGCCACCCUCGUGUCCCACAUGAUGCUGGCCUUCACCUUUUGGAACCCAUGGAUUGCUAUGUGUCUCCUGGGGUUCUCCUACUCAUUGCUGGCCUGUGCAUUGUGGCCAAUGGUGGCAUUCAUAGUUCCUGAACACCAGCUGGGAACUGCAUAUGGAUUCAUGCAGUCUAUUCAGAACCUUGGACUGGCCGUCAUCUCCAUCCUUGCUGGCAUGAUACUGGAUACAAAGGGAUACUUGCUUCUGGAGGUGUUCUUCAUUGCCUGUGUUUCUUUGUCACUGUUAGCUGUGGUGUGUCUGUACUUGGUGAACCGUGCCCAAGGAGGGAAUCUAAAUUAUUCUGCAAAACAAAGGGAUCGGAUGAAGCUUUCUUAGCCAGAAUAAAGCUCUGAAAUGCUUGUACCGUGAGAAGGGAUAGCAUUCGCCGUUGACUGCAAACCUUCAGGAAGAGUUUCUUUUUAAAAACGUCAGGUAGAAAAAUAAUAGAGUGGAAAAUAUAUUUAUAUUUGAAAUAUACCUACUUAAAGUGGUUCAUGCAGACUAUUUUAGCCUUUCGUAACCAUGUGUUGUGGAAGAUUUCCAGUCAACAGUGAACAGUUUAGGGAAUCUGGAGCAUUCAGGCAAGGACCUCUGUAAGCAUCUGCGUCUUCUGCUGGGAUGAUUUUUAACAAGCGCAUCCUUCGGAUGUAGCCUUUCCUUUGUAUUAUAGCAGGAAAAAGGGAAAAGCCCACAAAACACGGGGGCCUGGGGUAGAAGGCUGUUACCUACGUAAUAAAGAAUGACGUUUAACUGCACUCACCGUGUCCUAGAGAACAAUAUGCAGUUGCUCCAUGUUUUCCACUGGAAGAUUAUGUCAUUAGUGAUGGCUGCUGAGCAGCAAACUUUUGGAAGUUUUUUUUUUCUUCUCCUUAAAGACAAUAAAAGUGUCCUUCAACUUAUGGUGGCUGCCUAUGUAUAUGGGUCCAUAAACCCGAUGCAGAAGGUAUGCUUGAUGUCUUCCUUAUAUUUUUAAAACAUUGCAACACUGAUUUCAAGUUUUCUGUGGAAGAUAAUCUCCAGAAAUCAAAUCUGCAAUAAAGAAAGUAUCCUAGGUCCAGUCUCCUUGAAUAGUUUUAUAGGUAUACAUGUGGUAUAUAGCAUUGCAUGCUUCAAGCUGUGGCAUCAAGGGCUGGAGCGAUGACUUGGUAGUUAAGAACAUUUACUGCUCUUCAAGGGGACCUCAGUUCAGUCCUCAGCAUCCACAUGGGGCCCCUCAUAGUCACCUGACUCCAGCUCCAAGGGAUCCAGCACCCUCUGGUCUCCUCAAGCCCUUGCAUGUUUGCACACACAUACACACGCAUGCACACACACACACACACACACACACACACACACACACACACACAUGAGAUGAUGAAUCUUAAGCAGUGCAGAAACAGUUUGAAAGUGCAUUCCGCAUUCCUUUUCUUUUGGUUUAUAGUUUGUUAUGCAUUCUUCACUUGAGAAUUUCAAGGCUUUGACUACACGUGGCUCUUGUAGCACAUGUCAAGUUCAUGAAGUGGCUCCUCCGCACUGGCCCCAUCCUUUACACUGUCCACACUUGGUAUGUGGAACCUUGGCAUGUUUAUGAAUGGGUUGCGUGCCUGCCCAUCUCACAGGGUUGUCCAUUGAGAUUUCCUUCUCUAGAAUAUAUUCUCUAGUGCACACUCUAACCUGGUUUCAUCUGACUUAAACAAACACCUUAGUUUUCAGCUCAGAAUCAUCCUAACAUAGAAACUUCUCUAGGCCACUCAGACCAUAUACAAUUUAUGAUACCCGUGAACUCUGAGAGCCUCAUACUGUGCCUUUUUAGCUCACUUUACUUGUCAGGAAUCUGUGGCACUGUGGGUUUGGUGUGUAUUUGAUUCUCAGAUUGUUAGCUCCAGGAGAGCAGGGACAUUACCUGGUUUGUUAGUGAAUGUAUCCCAGUGCCUAGCACAAUGUCUGUACAAAAUUUUUUCUUUUUUCUUUUUGCAUAAUGUAUAAAAUAAAAAGUAAUUGGAGCAACCUA